ACUUUCUAUUAGGAAUCUACAGGGUAUGUAGUUUUAUUUUGUACCCUCAAAAGCAAGAAAUUUUCAGGCCAAAGUUGAAGUAGAUUUGAGGCUAAUAUACACCAAAUUAGUCAUGGGCAAUUGCAUGGAGACAUGCACUUUGAGGAAACAAGAUGCAAUGAGGAUGCAGAAGAAGCAGCAGCAAAAGCAAGAAGAAGACACAAAAACUAGAUCAAGUGGAUUUGUGAAGAUAAAUGACAGUAAAGGGAAAAAUGGUCUGAGGAUGAAAAUUGUGCUGACAAAAGAGGAGCUCAAAUGGUUGAUGCUUCAACUGAAUGAGAAAGGAGGGAUGAAGCUGGAGAAAGUGCUGGGAGAGAUAGAGAGAGGCAGAGAAAUCAAAGUUGAGGGAUCAUGGAAGCCUUCUUUAGAGAGUAUAGUGGAGGCUCCUGAAUUGCCUGACAUGGACAGAUGAUUUUCUCAGGCACAAUUUCUUCUCUUUUUGUCAGCUUAGCAUGUUUGGAUUAGUUUCUCUUUGAUGAGAAGCAAUUAUAAAACUCAGAAGCUAUUCACAUAGAGUUUGUCUUCAGGAUCAAUUGUAGAAAACUUUCCAAACAUGCACUCUACUCUUUUUUUUUGUAAUCAGUAGUGAGACCAACAUUUGUAAAUCUUAAUUAUGGAGAGAAGUUGAGGUAAUGAGAAGCAUCCAAGUUCUUCUUCCA